CUAUAUCGUAUAGCUUAUAGCUUAUAUCUAUUUUAAAUAACUUAAAGCCGCUAAAAUUUGGGGGGGAACAGCUUUCGCCCUGGAGCGGUGCGCGAUGCUGUCUCACGCCGACCUCCUGGACGCCAGGCUAGGUAUGAAAGAUGCCGCCGAGCUUCUGGGCCACCGGGAGGCGGUGAAGUGUAGGCUGGGCGUGGGGGGCUCCGACCCUGGGGGCCAUCCGGGGGACCUAGCGCCCAACUCCGACCCAGUCGAGGGAGCCACGUUGCUGCCCGGGGAGGACAUCACUACAGUGGGCUCUACGCCGGCCUCCCUGGCGGUGAGCGCAAAGGACCCGGACAAACAGCCGGGGCCCCAAGGCGGCCCGAACCCCAGCCAAGCCGGCCAGCAGCAGGGCCAACAGAAGCAGAAGCGCCACCGGACGCGCUUCACGCCCGCGCAGCUCAACGAGUUGGAGAGGAGCUUCGCGAAGACUCACUACCCCGACAUCUUUAUGCGCGAGGAGCUGGCGCUGCGUAUCGGGCUGACAGAGUCGCGAGUGCAGGUCUGGUUCCAGAACCGGCGCGCUAAGUGGAAGAAGCGCAAGAAGACCACCAACGUGUUCCGCGCGCCCGGCACGCUGCUGCCCACGCCAGGCCUGCCUCAGUUUCCGUCAGCCGCCGCCGCAGCCGCCGCCGCCAUGGGCGACAGCCUGUGCUCUUUCCACGCCAACGACACCCGCUGGGCGGCGGCCGCCAUGCCGGGCGUGUCACAGCUACCGCUGCCGCCGGCUCUGGGCAGGCAGCAAGCCAUGGCGCAGUCGCUGUCCCAGUGCAGCCUGGCGGCCGGGCCGCCGCCCAACUCCAUGGGCCUGUCCAACAGCCUGGCGGGCUCCAACGGCGCGGGGCUGCAGUCGCAUCUUUACCAGCCCGCCUUCCCCGGCAUGGUGCCCGCCUCCCUCCCCGGCCCCAGCAACGUCUCCGGCUCGCCCCAGCUCUGCAGCUCCCCGGACAGCAGCGACGUGUGGCGGGGCACGAGCAUCGCUUCCCUCCGCCGCAAGGCGCUAGAGCACACAGUCUCCAUGAGCUUCACUUAA